CGUGUGUGUGUGUGUGUGUGUGUGUGUCGCCUGUAUUUUGCUUCCUGCUCCCAGGACUCGAUCUUCACUCCUCUUUUUAACGCAGAACUUUUCACCAUACGGACCGCAGCAGCUCAGAAACAAAGUCAGCGGAUUAUUUAUCUUUAUCAUAUAAAAGAAAGAAGAUAUCGUUGCUUCAUUUUGCUACAUAAAUCAGGAAUUUAAAUACCUGUAAGGAGUCACGUCUCACCUGAGCGGCGUUUCAGUGAGCCGGGAGCUGGGAUGGCUUUACUGACCCUGCGCAGAUCACCGUCUGUCUCAACCUCGCCUCCUUUCUUCGCUUCAUGUUCACGCAUUUUGGUUCUUUCUUUCAGUCUUUCAGCUGGUAUGUGGUGCGUCUCUGUGGAUGAAGCCAUCGCAAGAAGAGGAAGACUUCAGAAGAGGGAGAGUUUCGCCUUCGUCAGAGGCGCAGUGCUUUUACUAGCGGACGGAGAGAGGGAGGGGCCACACGAUGAAGCCGCACCCUCCCAGUUUCCAAACUCUCAGGUUGUGGGCGGAGCUUCGUAUACGAAGCACAGUCAUUUACAUGCAAUGAUUUCACUACUGAGACCUGAAGAUACCGUCAAACUGGCUGUUCGUUUGGAGUCCGUGAGUCCCAUCAGAGUGAGAUAUUUGCUCAUCGUUUCGACCGCCAGCAACAAACAGGAGAGUCUUCUCCUCGGCAUGGACUUCCCAAGCAUCAGCAGUGAUGACUGCAGUAUCGGCCUGGUUUUGCCCAUAUGGAGUGAUACUCAGGUGUACCUAGAUGGAGACGGAGGCUUCAGCGUGACGUCUGCAGAAUGCACCAGGAUAUUUAAGCCUGUGUCUAUUCCGACAAUGUGGUCUGUGCUCCAGGCUCUACACGGCUGUUGCGAGCGGGCGGUGCAGGGUGCCGUGAUCCCGGGCUGUGGGUUGGACUGGGCUCAGCACUACAAACAGCACGUGGAGUCGGACCAUCAGUGUGUGAACGAGUGGAAGGCCAUGAUGGGUCUGGAGUCUGUGCGCAAGAACAAUAAACACAGCACAGAGAGAGAGGGAGUGGAGAGAGAGAUUAAAGUCCAGCUCAGAGACAUCAUGAGGACCGUGGACCUGGAGAACAUCACCUCCAAACAGGUCCGAUCUGCUCUGGAGGACAGGAUCGGUUUGGACAUGAAGAACUAUAAAGAGUACAUUGACAAUGAGAUGAUGGUCACUAUGGCUCAGAUGGACAAACCUUCUAAAAUCUUAGACUAUCUUUACCUGGGCUCGGAAUGGAACGCAGCCAACUUUGAAGAACUUCAGAAAAACAAUGUGGGUUACAUCCUAAACGUCACCAUGGAGAUCGAUAACUUUUUCCCUGAAGCUUUCACCUACAUGAACAUCCGGGUGUACGACGUGGAGUCCACGGAUCUUCUCUCGUACUGGAACAACACCUACAGGUUUAUCAACGAAGCCAGGAAAAAUGGGCAGUCGAUAUUGGUUCACUGUAAGAUGGGCGUGUCUCGCUCCGCCUCCACAGUCAUUGCGUUUCUGAUGAAGCAGCAGGGCUGGACGUUAGAGGAGGCACUUAACCACGUGAGAGAGCGCAGACCCAUCGUUCACCCCAACGACGGCUUCUACAGACAGCUGCACACCUACAGCGGCAUCCUCAGUGCCAGUAAACAGAGGCACAGCUCCCUCUGGAAGCGCAAGUCUAGAUCGGACACGCUGAAUAAUCCACCUCAGGAACAAGAACAGAAGGUGGAGACGGAGCGACAGCAGGCUGACGAUGAGCAGGAAGAAGAGGAGGAGGAGGAAGAACAGAGUCUAGAGGAGGACGAGAGCUCAGAGACGGACGAGGACGAGGAGAGAGAUGUGUUUGUUGAUUCAGCAUCAAUUCAUGGAGCAGCAGCAACAACAACAACAACGACAACAACAACAAACCCUGUUAUUACUGUCCAGGACAGUGACAAGGUGACCCCGAGUCCUAGCAGAAGUGGAAGAAUGGAUCUGUUUUCUCUCAUGCAGUCCAUCCAGCUGGACGACGAGGAGCGACUGAGUGAUCUAGAAAACGCAGCGACUCAGAGGAAAUCUCCGGCUCAGAGGAGACGCAGCAGUCACAAACGACGAGCUCUGACUCACCAGAGAGCUCACGUGGACGUUUCUCCUGAGCCAAGCAGCCAAUCGCAGAGCAGGAAACAGGAAAAUCCGAGGCUCGGCACCGGCGAGGAACAAUGAGGAGCAAAGAAAAGACUAAAAUAGAGAAGAGGAAGAACAAACCAUGGGAGAAAGUUGAUCUUCAUGAUCAUUUUAAUGACUCGGUUGAGAAAAAUGGUGAGGGAUUUAUUUGUUUGUUUGUUUCAGAGUUGAUUCAAAAGAAAACAGGACAACUCACACACACACACACACACACACACACACACACACACACACUCACACACACACACACAUACAUGUAUAUUCUCCACACUCGCGCACACAUUCAGCACACUCACACACACACAUUCUCCACACUCACACACACACACCACAAUACAUUAGGUGUUUCUUAUUUUUAUUAUUAUGAAAACUUUCCAGACGUCACUCUGUGCCUUUCUUUUGUCUUUCACACACUCGCCUGAGCCUGAGCCGAAUGUUCACACACACACCUCACUGAUUUAACGCAGUAUUAAAGAACAAGGAAAAGGCAUAAAGGUAUAUAAAAGCAUUUCCCAGAGAUCAGAAAUCCCUGUAUUAUUAUUAUUAUUAUUAUUAUUAUUAUUAUUAUUAUUGUGAUACACCAGGUGAAAAUAGCAUAUAGUAGCUAAGCUAGCCAACAAUCUAAACAGUGCUAAUGUUGCCUUUUCUAAACAUUCAAACUAGCUAACAAACUAGCCAAUGCCAGUAAGUAUAUAGGUAUAAGGACUAAACUCUGUAAAAUAAGGUGAUGUAUUAAAUUAUAUAAAAUAAAAUUAGCAAUGGUCGAUAGCAAGCCAGCUAAUAAAGCAAUUAGCCAAACUUGCUAACGAGUGAGUUAAUGUUAGAUUACUGUAUUGGGGAAAACCAGUAGCAAACGAUGAAAACAAGUUAGCUAUCUAUCUUGGCAUAGACUACAGUAUAGCUCUGAUCCAAAUGCCAGUAAAUACUGUUUAGAACAGUAGCCAUUAGGCUAACAAAUUGUACUGUGUACAACACUAGCCACAUUUACUAGCAAGUUAGCUAACGUAAGGCUAGCAACAAAUUGCCAAUAGCCAAGAUCUCUAGCAAGCUACCUUCCGUUAAGCUAAGAUCAAGAUCGAUGUUAGCUAGCAUGCUAAGUAAUUCGGCUAACCGUGUAUUAGAUUAUGUAUACCGAUAGCCAAGACUGCUAACAAGCAGGCUAGCUUAAGGAUAAUGAUUAUAUUAGCCAAAUUCGCUAACAAGCUAGGUAUAAUCACUAAGGUUGCGUGUGUGCUAUUGUGUGAUGGAGGGAACAUGAGGAAAAUGUUUAUUUCUGGUUUAACCUGGACGCAAAGUAUUAUUAUUAUUAUUAUUAUUAUUAUUAUUAUUAUUAUUAUAUAGUUUUAAAAAGACCCAAGAUCUUUUAGAGAUGUUUUAUUGCCUCAAUUCUAUGCAAUAAGUCUAAUUCAUUUGUAACUAAAUAGAUGUUUUUCUCUCAGCACGAAGCAGCCAGGGAUUCAUUUUCAGCUCCUUCUGUUUAAACCUCCACGCUUGUGUUAAACACUUUAAAUUAAUUAAGUAAAAAGUAAGACUGAUAAUUUUCCUAUCUGCAGUGUUUAGUUUACUGGAGCAGAACCUCGAUACGUCCUCCUCAGUGUUUUUGAGCGUGAAGGAUCCGCUGGGAUCCCAGUGCGAAAGUGAUUCGACUCUGAGUCGACUCUGAGUGAUGCAUGGAACAAACGCGACGUGAAGCAUGAAAUGUUUUAAACUAGUAAAUUAUUUAUUUAGGAUUCGGGUCACGUCUCCGUGUUCGCCGUGAUCGGCUGAUGCUUGUUAUUUCUGCACGCUUGGUAAAGUUUUGCUUUACUUUCUCACUCGCUGUAUUUCUGAUCAGUGAAUCAAAUCAUUGAACCGAACAUUAGGAUCCGAGUCUUUUAGUCAACACUAGUUUCAUAUUUUGUUAGUUAGUUCUUGUUGAGGUUCAUAUUCAUAUUAUAGACAUAAGAAAAUAUUCUCUCAGAGUAAAGGAAAUGAUUUAUUUAGGAAUUAAUACAUUAUUAAUAAUAAUAAUAAUAAUUAAUAAUUAAUAAUUAAUAAUUAUUAUUAUUAUUAUUAUUAUUAUUAUUAUUAUUAUUAUUAUUAAAGUGUAAAGGAAGGACAUUAAGCGGUUGACAGGAGCAUCACACGAACCGGUGUGGAGUUGAAAACAUCCGUAUUAUUUAUUGCAGUUACACAUAGUUUAAUGAGCUCACGUUUUCCAGUUUAUAUCACCGACUCGACCAAAACCAAUCCAGAAAAAGACGUGUUAUUUUGUGAGGACAAAAGUAAUGGCACCCCAAUACGACACAGUUUUAAGAGGCGCUCGUUCACAGAUUGGUCGGUUUUGGAAAAACCUUUUAAAUCUGAAGCUAAGUUCUAAAAAAAAAAAAAAAAAUACACCCUGAUUUAAGUGAGUUAUAUAAAUUGUACGUUAAAACGUGUUCGUCCAUCAGUGAGGUGUGUGUGUGUGUGUUCAUGUCUGUGUUCCACUACUGCUGCACAGAACCGGAGUGUUAAUGUUACGGUUCUGUUCCAUAACGUUACCGAGGUGUCGUUUUGUCAGGAUGUUGGAUUUUUACCUGCAGAAUAAAUUCACACGUGCCAUAAUUGAACUGUGACGUCUCUGCUGUAGCAGGUCGACUCUGUCCUCGUGUCCUAGUGCCUUCGGUUUGGACCAAAAUGUCACGUUGAACACGUGUCUGACGGUUUGUGCGUUCAGUACGAAUCGUGUUCCAGCUUUAUGAUGAAUUCUAUCAGCUGUAUUUAUUGUGUGUCGCUGUAUUUUAAUUUCCAUGCAGUAUUUUUUUUACUGUGCUGUGUGUUAAACAUACAGACGGUUGCCAGAUUGAAGCCAAAGUCACCAUAAUGAGGAAAGAAACAGCUGGAUAAAAUCCGUAGUGUGCUGGAGAGAUGAUAAAGAAAAUAACAAGCAUAAAAGUGCCAUCUUUCUUUCAGUUAAUCCUGAUGCUGUUUUUUUUUUUUUAAUCGAAAUCGGAGCAUAAAUCAGGUCAUUAAUGCUGUUUGUUGUUUAUGAUCAGGAAAUAAAGUCUUUUACACACAUUUCAAACAGGGUUGCCAGAUAAUCCACGUAUUUAUAGUUUCACUGUUGCUGGAUAAAAUGUCUUUAAUUCAGAAGGUUAUGAAUCUGUAAUCUGGCAACGCUGAUCCAUAUUGUUAUGUAUUUUUAUUUUCACUUUUAUUCCUGAUGUAUCUACAGCAUGUACUUGUCUUUGCUGUUCUUUAAAAAUAAAUAUGUUUAAUAAAGUA